GUUUAGGGACUUUGUCGUAAAUCUUUACUGAAUAAAUAUAUAAAAAACAAAAAAUCACAGUGAAGGACUGAAGAGAGACAAGACCAGAGUUUGCUGAGAGACAGUGGAAGGGCAACCCACCACUCGUUGCGGCUCUCCCAAGUCUCAAGACUCAGUUUUUAAGCAGUUUAGAGAGAGAAAGUUGCGUAAUUUUCAUGGUUUGGUGAUGGGAUCGCACCACAAUCCCAAGUAACAACGACCCUCUUUCCAAAAUUCCAUCUUUCUGUGUGUGUGUUUGUCUGUCAAAAACCACUACGUGUUCUGUUCCCCAAUCUCCUUCUGCUGUAGUCUUCAGGUACUGAAAUUCAAAAGAAAGAUUUUUUUUUGUUAAUGUUUUGUUUUUUCAUUGUGUGUUUGUCAAAGGGAUUGAUUGUGACAGGGUUUGCAUAUUUUAUAACUGUUUUGUAGGUAUUUCAUUUGAAUAAUUUGGGAAGGAGAAUUUUUUAUGAGGGGUUUUUUUUUUACCAGAAAGAGUAUUUCAUACACCGAUUUCAAACUCAAACUAAAUCAAAAUCUUGACACCGUUUACUUAAAUGGUUAUCGUUUUCUUUUAAUAAUCGUUUUUUGGGUGGAAAAAAAUGGCCAUCUCUUGUUUAUUUGCUCGAAUAGUAGUGCACGUACUGUUGUGCGUUGAGUUGAUUUAAACAGCAUAAAAAAUGGGUUGCUUGUCCCGGAAAAUCAGUCAAUUCUUUAUUGCAGCAAAAAGAGGAAAAAAAACGAAAUCUUGGUUUUUCUAGAAGUAACUAGGUUUUCUGCAAGGAUUUGGGGUUUGUAAGCUUUUCUUCACGUUCAAUUUCCUUACACGUGUUUAUGACUUGUGGCGUCUGCAAAAAGUUGAAAGGGAGAAGGAAGUUUUUUGCGGCUAACCUACACGUGAGGUCUGAAUCAUCUAUUGCUGCAUAGCAUCUACUCCGUCUGCUGCAACCUUAUUCCCUAAGGAAACCCGAUGGGGUCUAGAUUCCCGUCUCAUCAGCUUAGCAAUGGCCUCUACGUAUCAGGUCGUCCAGAGCAGCCAAAAGAAAAAAUGCCAACCAUGAGCUCUGUGGCCAUGCCAUACACUGGUGGGGAUAUCAAGAAGUCGGGUGAACUUGGCAAGAUGUUUGACAUUCCGGUAGACAGCUCCAAAUCUAGAAAAUCCGGACCUAUAACCAAUUCUUCUAUGAGGUCCGGAUCGUUUGCAGCAUCUUCUUCACAUUCCGGACCAAUAAACCCUAACGCUGCAGCCAGGUCCAGCUAUUCUACCUCAGGCCCCGUGUCAUCGUUUGGAGUGGCAGGUUCUUCAUCAGUCAAGAAAUCAAAUUCUGGGCCUCUGAAUAAACACGGGGAACCUAUCAAAAAGUCGUCUGGCCCUCAAUCCGGGGGAGUCACACCAGUAAACCGCCAACACUCUGGUCCUCUACCCCCCAAUCUUCCUAAGACAGGUCUCAUUACAUCUGGACCCAUCACCUCUGGCCCACUAAACUCAUCUGGCGCCCCGAGGAAGGUCUCUGGACCUCUCGACUCCACUGGAUCACUCAAAGCACAUGGCUCCUCGGUGGGCAACAACCAGGCUGUUACAACCCUCGGCCAAGAUGACGUAUACUCCUUCAAGAGGAACAUCCCUCGACCCAUCUUGUGGGCAGUUAUUCUGCUUUUCGUGAUGGGAGUCAUUGCUGGGGGUUUCAUUCUUGGAGCAGUCCACAAUGCUGAUCUCCUCAUUGUAGUUAUUGUGUUGUUCUGCAUUGUUGUUGCCCUUUUCGUGUGGAAUUCCUGUUGGGGGAGAAAAGCUGUCAUCGGAUACAUUGGGAGCUAUCCAGAUUCUGAACUUAGAACUGCUAAAAACGGGCAAUACGUGAAGGUCUCUGGGGUGGUCACCUGUGGGAACGUUCCCUUGAAAUCAUCUUUCCAGAAGGUUCCGAGAUGCGUGUACACCUCCACAACUUUAUACGAGUACAGGGGAUGGGAUUCCAAGGCAGCAAAUCCUACUCAACGUCGUUUCACAUGGGGCCUCAGAUCUUCAGAGAAGCAUGCUGUCGACUUCUACAUCUCCGACUUCCAGUCUGGGCUGAGGGCAUUGGUGAAAGCCGGGUAUGGGGCGCGAGUCACCCCUUACGUGGAUGAAACUAUAGCUAUAGAAAUCGACCCUCUCAAGAAAGAGUCAUCUCCAGAGCUAAUCCAGUGGUUGGGAGAGAGGAACCUCUCAGUUAGUGAUCGCCUAACACGUUUGAAAGAAGGGUAUAUCAAGGAAGGAAGCACGGUGAGUGUGAUGGGGGUGGUGCAGAGGAACGAGAACGUGCUAAUGAUUGUCCCUCCGGGGGAGCCCUUCACCACGGGAUGCCAGUGGAGUAAGUGUGUCUUCCCUACAAGCUUCGAUGGGCUUGUCUUGAGGUGUGAGGACUCAUCGAAGGUGGAUGUGAUACCGGUGUGAUCGACCCGAUGGCGUGUGUUUUGGAGAGGCUGUUCUUAUUCCUAUAUACAGGUUUGUUGUGUUGCAAUACAGUCACAGAGAGUGGUUGGCAGUUUAUAGCAUAGCAGCAAAACACUUUGCAAUAUCUUUUUUCUUCUUCUUUUUGUAUAGUUUUUGAGGGAGUUGUGUGUAUCAAUGGUGACUGUGACAGUGGAGAAAUAUAAAUAUGAUUGUGCUUAUGCCUUUA